UUAGUGAGCUUUUUCAACUCUCUCUGAAAACCUGAGAAUUCCUGAGUGAGAUUUUUGAGCUGUCUCUGAAAACCUGAAAAUUUCUGAGUGAGAUUUUUCAACUCUCUCUGAAAACCUGAGAAUUUCUGAGCGAGCUUUUCCAAAAAGCCCUGAAUGGAUCUGGAGAUGCCUCAAAGAACCUCCCAGGCAAACCCUCUGAGCCUCUUUGGGACGCAAACCCAGCGUGACACCAGAACAACCCAAGCCCAGCAGAAAUUGCAGCUCCCAGCCAGGUUUGCUGCAAGAGGGGCUGCUCUUUAUUUCUGUGGGAGUUUCUCAUCUCUCUGAGCGCUUUCCCAAGCAGAGAGAGCCCAGCCUGCUCUCCCAGCAUCUCAUUUUUCACCCAGGACAGCUGUGACAAAUGACGUGGAGCAUCCCCAGCGACACAUUCCAAGGGGCUGAUUCCUCUGCAUUCCUCUUGCUGCCCUCUCCCCCGGUUUUAUUUGAGUUUUUUCCCUCAUUACACGAAGCUGAGAGCUGCAGAUUCGCCCUGUGUUGCUCACAGAGUUAAAGAGAGGAGUUCAUGUCCAGCCCAGCUUGUUUCACUUUGCUGCUGCUCCCGGGCCAGCCCAAAUUUCAGCUGCAGUAACUCGAUCCCACUUGGCAGAGCCUGAGAGAAUCUUUGGCACAUUGCAAAGAGGUUUAAUGGCAUUUUGAAACUCCUCUGCUUGUGUGCACAGCUCUGGCAGCAGCUGCUCACAAAUGUGAGCUCCAGGAUCACAAAUGCUUUCUGUGCAGGGAAUGCCUUGAGUUCCUGACCCCAAAAACUCCUCCAAAGCCCUGGAGAAGGCAUGGACGGGGCUGAGCAGCUCCCUGCGGGCAGGAGAAGCGCCCCGAGCCUGGAGCACAAGAGGAGCAGGGGCUGCAGGACCUCGCUGGGGAUUCUGUGUCUGUUCCCCAUCCUGGCUGUGCUGGCAGCUGUGGAAUUUCCAGCUGGAGCUGCAGUGCAGGAAAUUCAGGAAGAUGUGCCAGGCCCAGCUGUGCCCAGCCCAGCCCCUGCCCAGCGCAGCCGGCGCUACACCCUGACCCCCGGGCACCUCAGGUGGGACCACUUCAACCUCACCUACAAGAUCCUGUCCUUCCCCCGGCACCUGCUGAGCGCCAGGGCCACGCGCCGGGGGCUGGCGGCCGCGUUCCGCAUGUGGAGCGAGGUGUCCCCGUUCAGCUUCAGGGAGGUGCCCCCCGAGCUCCCCAGCGACCUCAAAAUCGGGUUCUACUCCAUCAACCACACAGACUGCCUGGAGUCCCUGACCCACCACUGCUUCGACGGCACCACGGGCGAGCUGGCCCACGCCUUCUUCCCUCCCCACGGCGAAAUCCACUUCGACGACCACGAGUAUUGGAUCCUGGGCAACACCAGGUUCAGCUGGAAGAAAGGAGUGUGGCUCACUGACCUGGUGCACGUGGCUGCCCACGAGAUCGGGCACGCCCUGGGCCUGAUGCACUCGCUGAACCCCAGCGCGCUCAUGCACAUCAACGCCACCCUGACGGGCAGGAAGAGCAUCUCCCAGGACGAGGUGUGGGGCAUCCACAGGCUCUACGGCUGCAAGGACAGGUUAUUCAUGUGCCCAGGGUGGGCCAAGAAAGGAUUCUGUGAGGAGCGCAGGAAGCUGAUGAAGAAACACUGCCCGGCCACCUGCGACUUCUGCUACGAAUUCCCAUUUCCAACGGUGCCCCCCACUCUGCCCCCACCAAGGACCAAAACCAAGACGGUUUCUGAGGGCAGGAACGUCACCUUCCGCUGCGGGCAGAAAAUCAUCCACAAAAAAGGCAAAGUCCACUGGUACAAAGACAAGGAACUUCUGGAAUAUUCCUACCCAGGGUAUUUAUCCCUCAAUGAAGAUCACAUGAGCAUCAUUGCAAAUGCAAUUAACGAAGGAACUUACACUUGCAUAGUGAAGAAAAAAGAAAGAAUCCUCACUACUUAUUCCUGGAGGAUCAGACUGAAGCACUGAGCCAGCCCUGGAUUCAGCCCCUGCUCCUGUUCCCAGCUGGUUUUUGGCAUUUUAGAUUUUAUCCCCAAUAGUGCACCUGAAUUCUUCAUUGGUGCUGUGGUACCUGGGACUGGUUAUGGAAUAUCAAACUCUUUGGAUUCCUUGGAAUGAUAAAGAAUUUAUCAACUAUUUGCUGUACAGAGAAUUAAAAACCUUUUUUU